AUGGACUUCAUGUCAUAUGCCAACUUCCACCUGGCCAAGUCGAAUGCUACCGCUCUGCUCAACGAUACAGCGCUCUUCGAGUAUUCCGAAAAGACAUUCCAGACGUUUUUCAAGCACUUCGCCACCACAGGCAAGUGGACAUACGGAGGGCCAGCGAAAAGCAGCGUAUACGACAAUUACUACGGUCCAGGUAGUGCCGAAGAAGUAAAUGGCACAUUUACAGAGCGUAUUGAAGUCUUGGCAAUGAAUGAAACUGCGACAUGGUUAUCGCUCGGUAUCAUCUUCAUCCUUAUCGCCAUCCUCAUCGUACUCAUCGCCUCGCUGCAGAUCGUUUACCCGAAAGACUCAAUGCAGCAUCGCAUCGAAUGUCUAGCGGACGUACUGUUAAUGACAGCAGGGAGCGACGAGUUCGUCAAUCUCGUGCACGAAAAAGGUGUCGCUGGUCUUGAGAAUAGCGAUUUUAAAACGAAGCUAGGAUGGUUUAAGGAUAAGCGAGGUGUCGUGCGAUGGGGCGUUGAAAUCGCGGAUGGUCAUGUGGAAUGGGUCAACGCGCCAGAGAAAGAUGUCGAUGAUUCAGACGAGUCGAGUUGGAAGAGGUUCUGGAAAAUAUUUGAUGGGUACGUCACAGAUCCUACGUAUCAGUAUUAG